AAAAAGAAUCUCAAGUGGGUUUUGUGGGAGGGUUCAUGUAACUGUCAUUCUGUAAAUUCCUCUUCACUGACAUUGUAAACAAACAAAGUUGAUUUCCUGAAUCACAGGUUUUAUUUUCUGCAACUGCUAGAUGGAAAACAAGGUAAAGUUGCUUGGUGAACAGUCCCACUGAGCUGUACAUAAAUUGUCAUGUUCCUUUAAAGAGCGGAACCACACCGUGCACUGAGAGGAGAUCAUGUCAAAGGGCGGAGGAAAAAGGUGUGUCAAGGUGAAGCUGCACACCACAAGAAAAUUCAGUAAACAUUUUCACACUCAGUCUUCUACAUCAAACUGUCGCUCUCCUGUAACUUCACCCACGACAACAUGGACGAGAUGAGAAUUGUAAUAUUAGGAAAAACAGGAGUUGGUAAAAGCAGCCUGGCGAACACCAUAUUAGGAGAGAACGUGUUCCGGAUCGGCGACACUGGCAACUCUGAAACAAGUGAAUGUCGAUCAGAAACCAGACGUGUCGAUGGAAGAGACGUCACAUUGAUCGACACUCCUGGUUUGUUUGACACGGGUCGACCUGAAGAGGAGCUGAAGGCUGCAAUAGUGAAGUGCAUCACAGAGUGCUCUCCUGGGCCUCAUGCUUUUCUCAUAGUGUUUAAGGUGGAGAGAUUCACUGGUCAGGAGCAGGAAGUGAUCAAUAAAAUACAUCAAUACUUUUCUGAAGAAGCUUUCAAGUAUGCAACAGUCCUCUUUACUCAUGGUGACGACCUCAAGGAAGAACAGACCAUUGAGGAAUAUUUCCACAACAAUCAGCGUGUGAGUGAUCUGAUGAAGAAGUGUGGAGGCCGCUGCCACGUUGUUGAUAACAAAUACUGGAAGAACAACCAGCUGGAUGAUUACAGGAGCAACCAGUUCCAAGUGAAGCAGCUGAUGAAGACCAUCGAUCACAUGAUUGAGGCAAACAAGGGAAGCUGCUACACCAACGAGAUGCUACAAGCUGUGGAGAAACUGAUACAAGAGGAGGAGGAAAAGAUCAGACAGUCAUCAGGAAACAAGACAGAGGAAGAGAUCAGAGAGGAGGCUAAAAAGAGCGUAUUUAAAAUCCUUCGGAUCAAUUUUGCAGGUAUUGCAACAGGUGCAUUGUUAGGAGCUAUUUUUAAUGGCGACGUGGUGGUUGGAGUAGAGACAUUUUUCCAGGAGAUUAUUUUGGGAAAAAUAGUUCCAGCACUAGCAGAGUCAGUAGUAGGAGGAGCAACAGAAGGAGCUGGUAAAGUAGCAGGCUCACUGAUGGCAGUAGGUGCAAUGAUCGGAAGAAGUUUUACAGGAUACGAUGCCGCUCAGGAAGCAGACACAGUCAGCGAAGCAAUGGAUAGGGCAGCAAAACCUGUCUUUAAGAAGUAAACUCUGUCUUUGAAGAUCAGGAAGAACAAGCAGAGAACAAAUUUGAAUUAAAACCUUUAAUCUGAUUCUUAAAGAUCUAAAAUGUCCCACCUCCUUUUAAACAGGAUUUUUAAAAUUGGCAGGUUUGGCAGGUGCAUUGUUAGAAGCUUUUCUUGGUGAUGGAGUUCUAAACGUUUUUCCACAAAGCAAAAAUGUUUUAGCAUUAAUAGUACAAUGAGGAGCAACAGUAGGAGUUGGAGGAGGAGAUGGAGUAGUGGCCGGAGCAGACACAGCUGGAACAACAGCAGGCUGGGUAAUCGGUGCAGGUGUUUUAGCAGCAGCGAUCAAAGGAGGUUUUACAGGAUACGAUGCCGCUGAGGAAGCAGGCACAGCAAGCGAAGCAGUAAAGAGGGCAGCAAAAGCUGUCUUUCAUAUAACCUCUAUCUUUUAAGAUCAGGGAAAAGCAUAUAACAAAUCUGAAUCAAAAGCUUUAAUCUGAUCCUUAAAGAUGUAAAAAUGUCCCACCUCCCUUUAAACAACAUGGAAUCUUUAACCAUUGAGAUGAUGGUGUUCGUAUGUAACAGGUCAAACUUCUUGCGUGAGCUUUCUUCUAUUAUCUGACUCUUAUUUUAAUGCAACAGCUGCAGGUUAAAUUGUUUCCUGAAUUAAUUAAAGUACAAUCUUUUCUUAUUUGUAGCACAAAGUGCCCGAUAUGCUGUUUCCCAUAUGUAUUAUCAGCUGUGGCCACAAAUAAUGAAUAUAAUGUUGUUUCAACAUCUUGCAUCAAUAAGGUCUUUAGAAAAUGUUCUAAUCAAACUGGUGUGGUCUGUUGGAUGUUGAAUCAUUGUUCUCUGUUACAAAGAUUUGUGAGACAAUCAUUUUAGUUUUCAGUGGAUCAAAAUGUUACAGCAAGACAAAUAAAAACUACGAAUGAAUUGAA